GAAUUUGAACUGUCCAUUGGUGGAUCACCAUUCAUAGUGCUAAUGAGCAGCUACAACAGCACCAGCUAGGGGAUAUCCCAGCACCAAUUAUUGACUGUCAUAUCACCAACUAGCAGCUGUCACAGCACCAAACACCAGCUACCACAGUACAACCUGCAGCUAUCAUAACACUGGAAGCUACCACACCAUGCAGGCUAAAAUACUAACAAUGUGUCUAGCUGUGCUCAUUCUUCCAUUGAUUAUGAUGCUCCGAUUUCAAAACAUUAUCCUCAAGAAUAAUCAGUGUCAGAAGAUGUUACUUCGGGACAGUAUAGACCAAGGCUUAUACUCCAAUCAAUAUUCUAGCUUAAAUGUCAACAGAAGCAUACAAAAAGUCCAAGCUGAAGGUUUUAAGGAUGCUUUCUUUGCCCCAGUAUUAGAGGCAUAUCGUCAAGCUUCGGAACAAUCUUAUGUCGAGAUUCCUCAGAGAAGGUAUUUGCCAAUAUUGGUGACAACUGCAGAUGUGGUGCUAAUCCAUUUAGUAAGUGUAGAAAAUAAAGAAAAAUUAUUAAAAGACCUGGGUACACGUGAUCUAUCCCAGCCAUGGAUUAUGUUUGAAGUAGAAACAUAUCUGAAGGGUAAUAUUAUGUUUCAUAAUGAUUAUAAGUCACUAGAUGGAGUCUUCAACCGUACUAUGCACUACCGGCAGGACUCUGACGUUCACUUAUUGCAUGGGUUUGUUGUCCGCCGUGGCAGAGAAACUAGUCUUUUACCUCCAACAUGGCGUCGUCAACCUGAAUUACAGCAAAUUAAUAACACUCAAAACCUUGCUGUAGCAUUUGUUUCCAACUGUAAGGAUAAUAGUGGAAGAUUAAAAUAUAUUGAAGCCUUGAAGAAACAUGCUCCUAUUGAUGUUUAUGGCAAGUGUGGUAGCCUGAAGUGUGGACAUUCUUUAUAUACUCAUCAUGGUUAUAGAAUUGAUCUGGAACCUUGCAUGCAAUAUGCUGGACACCAUUAUCUUUUUUAUUUAGCAUUUGAGAAUGCUUUGUGCAAAGACUAUGUAACAGAAAAGUUAUAUAAUCUACUUUACUACCCAAUUGUUCCUGUGGUGCUGGGAGCAGCUGACUAUUCUACUUUACUUCCUCCCGGAUCCUAUAUCAGUGCACAGGACUAUACACCAGAGCAGCUUGCUCAAAAGUUAAAAUAUCUGGCUGAUCACCCAAAGGAGUACAAAGCUUACUUGUCAUGGCGGCAUUACUACCAGCCUUCAACUACUGGUGGAAGCCGUAUUUUAUGCGAUCUUUGUGUUCGACUGUAUGACAAUGACCUGUACAGACACAAAGUUAUUGAUGACUUUUAUGACUGGUAUGUUACUCAGGCAAAUUGCAAUGCAAGUGGUACAGUUAUAAACUACAACUAAAUAUUUUUGCAAAAAAUACAGCACUUUAUAAUGACCACCAUAUACAGGAGGUACCCAGCUAAGGAAAGAAUUACAUACUUGUUAUUCCAACUUAUGAGUUUGUUGCUUAUAACUUGAAACUUACAGUAUUUUCCUAUGGAAAACAAGAGCACAGAGGAUGGCUGUGUCACACAUUAUGACCAUAUUACUAUAUAUUAAAGUUCCUUUGUAUAAAGGCAAAGGGGAUAAAAGAGAGUGCAAAAAUUAUAGGGGGAUAAGUCUGUUGAGUCCUCCAUGGGGAAGUGGAACAGAAUUCUUCCUCCGUAAGCCAUGCGUGUUGUAAGAGGCGACUAAAAUGCCGGGAGCAAGGGGCUAGUAACCCCUUCUCCUGUAUAUAUUACUAAAUUUAAAAAGAGAAACUUUAGUUUUUUCUUUUGGGCCACCCCGCCUCGGUGGGAUACGGCUGGUAUGUUGAAAGAAGAAGAAGUCUGUUUAGUGUACCGGGGAAGGUGUAUGGUAGAGUUAUAAUUGAAAGAAUUAAGAGUAAGAUGGAGAAUAGGAUAGCAGAUGA